CUAUAUACACAUACAUAAGUGCAGUACAUAUUCCACUUGGCAUCAAAAUGAUUGCUGUCAAGCCUACCACAUUGUGCUCGGGCCAGGCCAUCCGUAAGCAGGCUGCCCCGGUCCUCCGCAGCGGCAGCUCGAGGGCCCAGCCCGCCGGCCGUGGCGCCGUCGUGGUAGUCCGCGCCGAGAGCUCCCAGAACCCCGUGCGCGCAGCCAUCUCACAGGUCGCCAUCAACAUCUACAAGGUGUCAGCCAUGAUGUCCCCCCAGGAGCCCGCCCAGUCGCCUCUGUGGGCGGCGCUCAAGAAGCUGGACCUGGGCGGUGUGGCGGCGGCGGUGCGCGCCGGCGCCGACGUGAACGAGCGCGAGGGCGGCGCGGACGGCGACACGCCGCUGCUCAUGAUCGCGCGCGCCGGGCACUACAAGUACCCGCCGGCGGAGAUCCCCGCGGCGCUGGUGAAGGCGGGUGCUGACCUGGAGGCCAAGGACAAGUCCGGGCUGACGGCGCUGCAGGUGUCGCUGCUGGCGGGCUGGCAGAACAUUGCCGAGCUGCUGAUCAAGAGCGGCGCCAGCACGGCAGGCGUGGCGUCCAUCAAGUCGCGCCUCACCUGCCCCGACUGCAAGCGCAUCGUGGCGCAGUACAACCUGUAGUGGGUGGAGAGGAGAGGGUCACCGGAGUGUGGAGUCGCUACAGCCUGCGACAGGGGCUGGUUCGCUCUGGCGCGCACGAAUUGCAGCCGGCAAGGCUUGGCAAAGCAACGCAAAGCAAGUCAGGAGCGAGGGUUAUUGACAGUUUCGGGAGUUUUGUAUGAGCAGGAAAGGCGGAGGGCGGCAUUGUUGUUGGCAGGGGAGAGGAAGUGAGGGCGGUUGGGUGGCAGCGACGCAGUGUGUGACACGCGAGGCCCGGCAGCACGUCGCCUAGCAAACAACACCCACACCCCCCACACAAGGCGUGAGCCCCCCAGGUCUGCAGCUUGCGUACCGUAUGCAUAGCGCAAUUUUUUGGCUGCAUUUAUUUUUGCCGUGUCCGGGGGAAGCGUUCUUACUUGCUGAGCUAUGAACAAGGAACUCGAUGUGAUGUGAUACCCGGCGGCGUGUACGUGGGCGGCUGGAUGGGGUUUUAUGUGAGGGUGCCAAGAAGUUGUCAGAGAUAGACUUCCUCGCGUGCCAAGUCGGGACGAGCGCCUGCAACAGGGACACACCUAGACUGGUGCUGCAGCCUCGUGAUGGAACAUGGCAAGGGGCAGGAAAGCGUAGUCCCGAUGUGUGUGGCUCCCACCCGUGCCCACAUAAAUGCGUAGCAAGAAGGGACAAGGCAUUGGUGCGUUGUUCGCGCGCUGUUACUGUACCGACGGUAGCUGGCAGGUUGUGUCGAUGUUUUGCUGACGCGCAUUCCUCACGCUCCGGGCGCCCGGCCAAGGCGAUAGCACCACACAGACUCAAUGCGACGCCACACCGCGCGGAUAGCAUAGCCGAUGCGCACCUGCAGGCAGUCGACCGCUGCAGCCUGUAAACCGAAGUCGAU